CAGGUGUUUUUAAUCAUUAUUCACCUCCCUCCAAUCCCUUUGUUUUUGGCACUGAAUAAAAUACAUACAUACAUACAUACCUACCUACCUCCUUCAAUUUCCAUUUCCAAAAACCUGCCCUCUCUCUCUCUCUUUCCCCAAACCUUUGUCUACUCCCCCCUUUGGUGCUGAACAUAAAUUACCUAAGAUUCACUGUUUCUUCGCCUGUGCCUUUAAAUUCUACACACACACACGCAGGCAUUGUGUGGAUAGGGAUGGAUGAUGAGCAGCUAUACACCUCCUUCCAUUAUUCAUACCACACUGAUUUUGAUGGAGAUCAAGACCUAAUCAAGGCUCGGAUUGCUAAUCACCCACUUUAUCCCACCUUGCUCUCCUCCUACAUCGACUGCACCAAGGUAGGUGCACCUCCUGAAAUGGCCUCUCUUCUUGAACAAAUCCGCGGAGAUAGCAAUCCCAUCUUUUUGGCCACUCACUUUGGAACAGACCCUGAACUCGAUUCCUUUAUGAGAUCAUACUGCGAGUCUCUACGCAAAUAUAAGGAGGAGUUGUCGAAGCCAUUCGAUGAGGCGAGGAGUUUCUUAAGCAGCAUUGGAUCUCAGCUCACUCAUCUCUGCAACCAAAACCUACCUUCAACUACUAUUCAUUCUACUCAUGAGGAUAAAAGCUGCGGAGAAGUGGUGGAAGGAUGUGGAAGCAUGCUAGAGUCAGGCGAUCACGAGUUGAAAGAGAUGCUAAUGCGGAAGUACAGCGGGUUUGUAAGCAAUUUGAGGAAAGAGAUGUUGAAGAAGAAGAAAAAGGGUAAACUGCCAAAGGAUGCUAUUUCUGCUUUGUUGGAGUGGUGGAACACACACUAUAGGUGGCCUUACCCUACCGAAGAAGAGAAGAAGAGGCUGUCGGAGAUGACGGGGCUGGAGCAGCAGCAGAUCAACAACUGGUUCAUCAACCAGAGGAAGCGCCACUGGCGCCCCUCGCACGACAUGAGAUCCGCCCUCAUCCAAGACGUCACUCACACUGAUGAUGCCUAACCAUUCUAUUCCUUCUCUUUUUGCUCCAAUCAUCUCUGUCUAAAACUACCUUCUUCACGUAUGUAGAUAAUAGUAUUACCAUUAUCACUAUCCCUAAAUUUAUGCAGAAAUACUACUUUUGCAUCA